CUUCAACACGGCAUAUUUGUUUUAGUGUGUGUUGAUAUGUGUGGUCAGAUGUUAGCCGACAUAUUUUAUUCCACUUUCCCCACCUUUAAAGAAAUGGUUAUACAUUUCUAGCAGUUUAUCGCUUAUUUGGUGUGUCUUGCGGAUAUUAUCAGGAAUGUACCGGCGAGGGGGAAGAAAGACGGACCAUAAUAAGGCGACUAAGGAGCAGAGCGACAGCAGCAAGUAUGCGGAGCUUCUGGUGUUCGGCUACGCCUGUAAGCUGUUCCGGGACGAUCAGAGGGCCAUCUACCACGACCAGGGCAAACACCUUAUCCCAUGGAUGGGGGAAAAGAACAUCAUGAUCGAUAGGUACGAUGGCCGCGGUCAUUUACACGAUCUUUCGGAAUAUGACGCAGGCUCGUGGAAUCACGAUUACCAGCUGUCCGAGGAGGAGGCGAGGAUAAAGGCUCUGUGUGAUGAGGAGCGGUACCUGGCCAUGCACACUGAUCUACUGGAGGUGGAGGCCAGGCAAGAGGAGGAGUAUAAAAGGCUGAGCGAAGCCUUGGCCGAUGAAGGCACCUAUAACGCAGUGGCCUUCCGUUACAGCGCUGAAUACUAUGACCCCUCCCAGCCCACUGAGGAAGAUGAGGCCAGCAAAGAAGCAGAUCAAGAGCAGCAGGAGGAAGAGAGUGAGGAGCCGUUUGUGGCGCCCCCUGGCCUCCUCAUCCCUCCGGAUGUAGAGCUGCCUGCGACCACCAAGACGCACGCUAUUAUUGAGCGCACCGCCAACUUUGUAUGCAAGCAGGGGGCCCAAUUUGAAAUUGUGCUGAAGGCAAAGCAGGCUGGGAACUCCCAGUUUGAUUUCCUGCGGUUCGACCACUACCUGAACCCUUACUACAAACAUAUUUUACGAGCUAUGAAGGAGGGCAGGUACACAUCGGCAUCAGAGGGCAAACAGGACCAGCAACAAGAAUCAAAGUCAGACAAUUCUGACAAUGAUGAUGAUGAUGAUGAUGGAGAUGGAAGCUAUCUGCACCCGAGUUUGUUUGCAUCCAAGAAGAUCUCUCGUCUGGAGGAAAUAAUGAAGCCUCUGCAGGUCAUUGAUCCAGAUCACCCGUUGGCUGCGCUUGUUCGAAAAGCCCAACAGGAGAAUUAUGGCGCUGCAGCAAUGGUGACCAAAGCAGAGGAAGAGCAUCAGUCGUCGGCAGUAGCCACACAGGCAGAAUACACAUCUGACCCUAAUGUGGCAGCAAUGUACUAUGGGUACUGUAUGCUGCCUGAUGGAACAUACUGCCUUGCCCCGCCGCCUCCUGGGAUUGAUGCCAGCCCUUAUUACACCUCGCUGCCCACUGGCAUGAUGCCGGCUCCUCCUGCAUCUGUUCCUCCUCCUCCCCCUGGCACUACACCUUCGUUGGAUCCUGUGGCUGCAAUCCCAUCAGCCCUUGCUGCAGGUCCAGUCACGGUGUCAGCUCCGCUCUCACUUUCUGCUCCGGCCGCCCCUCUAACUUCCAGUUCUCAACCUCCUCAAAUCACCGUUGCACCCAUGGUGCCGGCGGCUGCCGCCCCUGUCGCAGCCAUCAUCCCUCCUCCUCCCGACAUCCAGCCUGUCAUUGACAAACUAGCUGAGUAUGUGGCCAGAAACGGAGUGAAAUUCGAGAGCAGCGUGCGUGCCAAGAAUGACCCGCGGUUUGACUUCCUGCAGUCCUGGCACCAGUACAACUCCUAUUAUGAGUUCAAAAAGCACUACUUCAUGCAGAAAGAAGUCCUGAGCAUGCAGGAGGAUCCACCGAGAAUGCUUGGCUUGAUUCGCAAAGUUCAGCAUCCCUGUAAAUUCGUCGGUCUCAAGGGAGUGGAGUUGGCGAUAGGAUUGGUCGAAGCAGCCACCAGAGAGCCACCCCAACCUCCAUUGGCUGAGGAGAAGAAACCGGUACUGUCCCAGGAAGAGCUAGAGGCCAAACAAGCCAAACAGAAGCUGGAGGACCGGUUAGCAGCCGCAGCAAGAGAGAAACUGGCCCAGGCCUCCAAAGAGUCCAAAGAGAGGCAGCUUCAGGCUGAGCGCAAGAGGAAAGCCGCCCUCUUCCUGCAGACUCUGCGAGGGCCAGAGGCUGGGGUCAAGCAUACUCAGGAAACCGCUGCUGCGUCUGAGCCAUUGGUGUCCGCCCUUCCCAUGAGUGGCAUCCCUCAACACACGACUCGUAUACCAGGCUUUGACUACCAGCCUCUGGAAAGCGCGCUAACAAGGAGUGUGAACGCCCCUGCUUCUCAUGUGACCCCUUCUUCCUCCUCGUCUUCUACCCGUGGGCCUGAAAGGGAUUGUGAUAGGGAUCGGGAUCGAGAACGGGACAAGAGGAAGAAAAAACAUAAGAGAAGGUCUCUGUCCAGGUCCCGCUCGCGCUCCAGAUCCAAAUCCAAAACCAAGCACUCGUUGCCCAGUGCCUACCGCACCUUCAGGAGAUCCAGGUCUCAGUCUCGUUCCCCCAGCCGCAGAGACAGACGAGCUCGCUCUUCAGACAGAAAGCGUGAUGAGAGAGAGAAGGAGAGCUACGGCCCAAGCACCUACCGCCUUGGCAGCAACCCAGCACUGGGCAGGAAGCGUUCCAGAUCAAGAUCACCUCAUGAAAAGAAGAAAAAGAAGGGUUCAAAGUCAUCGCACCAAUUUAAGGGUUCCUCCUGUUUGCCCUCGGCAUCCCCUGACAGAGGCGGAGCCAUGGCCAGAGUCUCUGCAAGCCCCUCCCCUGCCACAAGCCCCGCCUCCAGCCUGGCAAGGUCCAGGGAUGGCUCUCAGGAGAAAGACAAGCAAGUGUCCUCCACUAUUGUCUCUUCGGUCCAAAGCAAAAUCACUCAGACAGCCAUAAUUGACCAGUCUCAGUCUCGUUCCCCCAGCCGCAGAGACAGACGAGCUCGCUCUUCAGACAGAAAGCGUGAUGAGAGAGAGAAGGAGAGCUACGGCCCAAGCACCUACCGCCUUGGCAGCAACCCAGCACUGGGCAGGAAGCGUUCCAGAUCAAGGUGGGGAGGCACUUAG